UAGCACUGCGCGAACUAGCGCCUUUAAAGUGACUCAAAGCUUUUAAUUUAGAAUAGUGCUACAAAGCAAAACACACUUCAGAAAAUUGUAAACUAUUUAUAUACUUUGUUUUUUUGCUUAUCAUCCUCGGGACUUCAUAUUUCCAAGAAAACCGAAGCUUAGAUUAUAACUUUCGGUGACGUAAAGUAUGGCAUUGACAUCGAGGAAUUAGUAUUUCCCAUUUUACACGUAACGAUUUACAUAAUUAAUUGUUCUUUUAUUUCUUACUUUCUGUAUUAACGGUGUCUACAAGAGUGCUGCAAGCAACGAACACCAUUGUAGAAGUUGCCGAGAUUGGAUUGUAACUAUGUGAAAGAAGGCAAAGCAAUGGCAGGGGUUCAGCCUUUGGAGACCGGGUGUGAAAGUGGAGAGCCACUGCCUGAUGCCACCCACUGGAAGGAGUUCGUGUGCGGCGGCGGCGCCGCCUUCUGCAACAUCAUCAUUAGCUAUCCUCUUAACAAACUCAUAUUUAGACAGAUGAUGCAUGGAGUUGAAACAACUUUUGCCUUAAAUCAAUUACAAAAAGAAGGUGCAGCUUAUCUGUACCGUGGGAUGCUGCCACCCCUCCUGCAGCGCUCCGUGUCCAUGUCCCUCAUGUUUGGAGUGUACAAUGAAGUUCUGCAACCUCAACUGAAUCACUGUGUCAAUCCUUACAUUGCCAAAUCAGUAGCAGGCUUGGUGGCCGGUUGUGUUGAAGCAACCCUCAUGCCAUUUGAAAGGAUUCAAACUUUACUUAUCCACCCUAAAUUUCAUAAGGAAUUCAAAAACACAGCACAUGCGACUCGUCACAUUGCUGGUAGGUAUGGGAUUAAAGAAUUUUACCGAGGGCUCACUCCCAUAUUGAUGAGAAAUGGUCCCUCAAAUGCUAUGUUUUUUAUAAUACGUGAUGAAGUACGGCUUCUAUUGCCGCCGCAAGAGCGAGUGCUUUAUAAAAGCCUUCAGGACUUCUUGGCAGGUGCAACUAUCGGUGCUUUUCUGAGUACUUUAUUUUAUCCCCUCAAUGUCAUUAAAAUCGCAAUGCAAUGUGAAUUAGGAGGACAACAUAGGACAGUGGCAUAUGAAUUUAGAUAUAUUUUACGCAAAAGAGGCUCUAAAUUUGCGAAUUUCUACCAUGGAGCUCUUCUUAACAUUUCUAGAGCAUUCCUAAGUUGGGGAAUAAUAAACGCUUCUUAUGAGGUAUUUAGGAAAAUGCUGUACGCCUAGUCAGCUUUAUGUAUUGUUGUGUAUGAUGCUUAACAACUUCACUGAAGCACAACAUUAUUGUGUACAAAUCUAUUAUUCGAAGCAGUUAUAUGUAUCUAACUUUCUAUUUAAUGGUGAAACCAAAUUUUCCUCUAAUAACAGCCAUUCUUUGUUCUGUCUGGUUAACUGAAGUAAUAGUGUAUUUACUAAUGCUUUAAUAGUAAUUGUUUGAUUAUUUUUAAUCAUACAGGCAUAACUUAUAUAGCUGUAAACUAAAUGGAUUCAGUUAUCAUAGUUCAGUUGACCGCAACUGGACGCCUGCCGGUGCAAGUGGCCCAUGAGUAACUCUUCUUAUCUCUUCUAACUGGUAUUGUGCAAUAGUGUUGAAUAAUGCUCAUGCGGCUUUGGUCAUGGUUAGUAUGGCGGCCAGUUGUGGUAUUCCUACAGAGUAACAAUCAGCUGCUACUAGAAACUAAUUUUAAACUUGUGCAAGUUUGAUAUGAAUUGACAGAAUUACUGUCAUUUUAUGUUGUUUCUUAAUUUAUUGGAUGUUGUAUAAUGUAAGCAAGACCUUUUGGUGCUGUUGUGUAAAUAUUUAUUAGGUGUGUUAUUGCACAGUUUAUUUUAAGUAGCAAUUUUUUUUAACAAAAGGCAUUUAUGUUGAUAUUAUAUCUUCCGUUAUUGUUAUGCAUAGUAAUAACAUAUGUACCUUAAAUCAAAAAAAUAUGUAAAUGAAUUUGUAGAUCAAUUCUGCCAAUGUACAAACAGGUGGCAUUUAAGAGGCUGUCAAUACCUAAAGCGCGCACACUGUCUAUUUGUAUCGGAGUAAAUGAGAUAGCACUGUCGCAUGUUACUGGGCCUGGGCAAGGGAAUAAUAAGAAAAAUAUUUAAAUAAAAAAAAGUGGAUUAUUAGUGUAAUAUUUUACUCAACCACGGUUUAGAUAUAAAUGUUUUGAAAUUGUGAUUUUAAUUGCAGACCCAUAAGUCAAAACAAUAAAGACAAAACCGUUUAAUUGUGAUUUUAAGACCAAUCUUUGCAAUUAUUUUCUAUCGAGCCGAUUUCGUUCAAUCGUGUAUCGAGUACAACCACGGUCUUUGAAAUAUAAUUAAUAUGAACAUAUAUUUUUCUUACUUGACUAAAACAAAUAGUCUUUCUUAAAAAACUGUUUAAGUAACAUCAGUUUCAAGGACAUUGGGUGUUGACAGCCUCUUAAGCCGUGAAUAGUGCCGUGAGUAGUCACUUUUUUCCAAAAACAGUCUUAUAAAGUUCGAUCUUUAAGCAUUCUUGCUUAGGGGUAUUAUUAUAUACUAACUAUUGCGUGCAUUCGGCCGCACAGUAUUUGUUCCUCCAUUUGAACAGUACCGCGCAUACAGCUAACGCCAUCUGUGAUCCGUUGUAAAAACUUUAUAGAUUAAAACAAUAUCCUGCUAAUCGGGAUCAAAGCUAUCCUAUUUGUUACCCGGGCUUUAAUACUAUUGACAUAGUUACUAAAUUUCGUUUAUGUGGAUGGCUUUUUUUAGAUGUUUGUGAACAAAAUCGACAAACAAAUAUAAAAUCUUCGGGUUCUUCGUGUUACCCCGUGUAUAUCUUAACCUAAUAACGUUUAGGUAUGCCUCCCGAAGUAUUUUUUCCUAGAUAUCUCCACUGCUUGUCAUAACUACUAAUAGAUUGACGUUAGACAAAGCUCACUCUUACAACAUAUUUUAGUAGUCUUAAGUUCAUAAAAUCAUAACAUACGACGUAUUCGUAUUACUUAGCUUAUUUUUACAGUUUAACUCACGUAUUUUUGGGGAGCUUGGGGCGUAAGUUAAACCGUAAAAUGAACUUAAUGUCAGUAUGAUUCACGGUAGAUUAAAUUAGAUAAAUAUAUAAAUUAAUGACUUAAAUUUCACUUGUACAGCAAGGCCAUUCCAAAUAUGUACCUAACCUAAGAUAAUAUUUCCUAACGGUGGUUUCACACUAUCGUGCUGCGCAGCGCCGCUCUGGCGGGUAUGGGCCUCAUUGCUUUGCUGGUAGUUUCCGGCGUGGUUGACGCUUGUAUUUGCCCCAACAUGCUAUUCGCACAUGGCCAAUACCUAAUAUAUAGCCAGUCACUUUAAAUUACAAAUACCAAAUCACGGUUCUUCAGACUAGUGACAUUUCAUCUUGCCGUGGUUACGUAAUCCGUUGCACGGACGGUAUUUGCCGCGUCAAUACUUGAACCAACACGCUCAUCACUACCUAUAGGGUGACCGUAGAAGCAACAAAUGUCACCGUGUCAAUGUCGGUUUCGCUAUCAAGGUCAUGUUAUGCCUGAGGCGCGGCAUAGUAUAUCGUUUAAUGGAAUGAUUCUCAUUACAUUACAUAGUUUACGACAGCGUUUUUCAAGCUUUCGCAAACCCUUUUAGCUUAAAAACGCCCCCGCCCCUUCUCUCCUUGCCAUUAAUAAAAUAGCGGUACCCCGGUAAAUUUGUGUAACCUGUUUUCUAUUGAGGAUUACGAUAUUGAUAAUCUAUUGUUCUAUGAUGUCACUGUUCCAUACGAGUAGGGAAAAUUUGCUCUAUAAACGUUAGUGCAACUCGUGCGAAGAUGGAUGCGCGUUUUUUCGUGACUAACGUGAAUAUUAACUAAAAGAAUAUGUGCGUGUCACAAAAAUUGUGUGUACGCUUAACUUCCCUGAUGAUGCCCGUAUGUCAACUGCGCAGCACAGCUACAAUUAGCCAUACUUACAGUUCAAUUAUUGGUGUAUCGGUACCUACCCUACCAGUGGCGGGGCGGUCAUGAAUUCUAUUCCCAUUUUCCUACAAAUCAAGAAAAAAAUGAAGUUCAAACUAUCACCGACUUUUUGACGCGUCGCCACUGGACGCCCGAGUACACAAGCAUGAAAUUGUGUCGAUUACAACCCCCAUGGUGUGUAAGAUCCCUGUUUAAUGCCACGGUGUGCCGCAAUAAAUACAAUCUGAUAUAGUAUAUAUAGUGGUGAGAGUAUUUUAUAUAUAAAAUAAUACAACUUGUUCCAAGGUCCAGGUAUAUGAUCAGUUGGUAUAUAACCGCAGUCCCAUAGAUGAUUAAUGAAUUAUUAUUAUACAAUGCUCCAUAUCACUACUACCUCCUCCUGGGUAGGUGUUACCCACAAAUGUAUGUGCAAUAAUUAAAAAUAAAAUAUUGUUUGAAACGAAAAA